CGGGACUCCACUUGUUCCAGACUCGUUCGUAGUCAUGCCCCGAAACGUUGUCGGCUGAAAAAGUACUAUCCUGGAUACUCCUGUCUGAAUCCUUCCGGCCGUCUUGAAUGGCCCUGACGUUCCGAUAACCACGUGAGAAGGAGGUCAUGGCCAAUCGCCUGCCUCCUCUGAAUGAUGUGGCCCCUUCCCCGGCCCUCAACUCUACUUCCUCGGGAACCCGGGAGACUCCAGUCGCGACCGACCCCGUCAACUUGGACUCGGAAUAUGUGAAACUGGAAGAUUCACCGACGCCAUCCGCAUUGACGUCCGCGGAUGCAGAUGCAGAAACACCGGCGCCAGACACUGGCGGGCCUGCGGGGCGGAAACGCAAGUUGAAUAGUAGUUCCGCACGAGGUGUAGCCAAUCUCACUCCCGAGCAGUUGGCGAAGAAACGAGCCAACGACCGGCAGGCUCAACGGGCAAUUCGUGAGAGGACUAAAGCUCAUAUAGAUUCGCUGGAACACCGCGUCCGCGAGCUCUCUUCCCAGAAGCCAUUUUUGGAUCUCCAGGCGGCGCUGAAGCAGAAUGAAGCCAUUCAAGCCGAGAACCGCGACAUCAAACAGGCAUUGAAGGCGAUCAUGGACGUCAUUCAGCCUCUAGUCGGGAAGCACGAAGCGUCUAGUGCUAAUCCUCCCGCCGCUGCAGCCGCUUCCUCGGGCACGCAUUCGGCCCCCCCUUUGUCUACAGCACUACCAUUUGCAAAAACCAGUUGCUUCGGUGACACCAGGCCCACCAAUGUCGACCAUUCUUACUCCGAAGCUUCCGCGAGAAUCGAAACGCCGUCAUCCACACACUCGGCGCCUUUGUUAGGCACCAUCCGGCGCGAAAGCGCCACAAAUGGGGCAUCGGCUUCGUUUCGCAUUGCGUUUGACUAUCAGCGGCAUAACCUGACGCAUGGGUUGGAUUUUGGGAACGAUGAAAGGAUGGCCUUUAACUUUCUACUGGAUGCAUCACAACAAGUUCCGAAAGUGGAGGGCUUCCGUCGCUCGCCGGGAAACUUCCGAGCGGCCCCAAUGAACGCUCCUCCGGCCUACCCAUCGCCGAUCCACGGAUCCAUGGCGGAGCAUUCUCUGCCCGCCUACAUGACGCCAAUCCGAAACAUUACACCAACCUGCACGCUGGAUGCCAUCCUGUUGGACUUUCUCCACCAUCGGCAGCGCGAAGCAGCCUCGGGGGUCCCCCAGCAAAAGCUAGUGGGGCCUCCUUAUCCCAGUGUCUCCUCCCUGCUCAACCCAGAAAAAGGCGCUUACUCACAUCCGUUGUCGAAGGUGUUCACUGAUAUCCUGCGCACAUUUCCAGAUAUUUCCUCCCUUCCGGAGCAAGUAGCUGUCUUAUAUGUCAUGUUCCUUCUCAUGCGAUGGCAGAUCUACCCAACGCCUGAAAAUUAUGAUCGGCUACCAGAAUGGUCGACUCCGCGCCCAUCGCAACUUUUAACGCCACACCCCGCCUGGAUUGAUUACUUGCCGUGGCCACGGAUGCGCGAUCGCGUCGUGAUGGCACACCAGGACUACCCUUUUGACAAUUGGUUUAUACCAUAUACGCAUACACUGUCAGUCAACUGGCCAUAUGAGGAAACAGAUUGUCUUUUGUCGACGGGAGAUAACGAUGAGUUGAUCAUCAAUCCCGUCUUUGAAAGGCAUCUACGCAACCUCAACAAUUGGAGUCUCGGCCCUGCAUUUGCGGAAGCGUAUCCGUCCUUGGCUGACACAGCCAGAAUUAAGAACCAGCCCUAACCGUAUCUUCAGUACGGGCCAAUCUUCCCCGAGCAGCCACCGUAUAGACAGAUAGUCCGGUGGAAUUUCGUUAUAUAUAUGUUUGAGCAAUUCCGGUCACAAGGCUCAGGCGGGGUAUCCAUUUUUGAGAUUAUCCUCUAUACAUUCUCUAGGCGUCUCCUUGUCUUUCGUCCUUCGUUUCGGUGUUGGGUUUCCUUUUUUUUUUUUUGGUGAUUCUUGUCCCUAACUCUUUCCUCUACCAUGUUUGGCAUGCCACUCGGAUACUUACCACACAACUGCCUGAAAAACGGUAGAAGUUUUCCGAAUUAUGCUGGCUGUACAGUGUAUGGAGGAAUGGUAAACAUACUGACCUUUGGGAUAUAGCAUCGUAACAAUAGAACUUCUGAACACGAUAGCCUCAUCCGCUUCAUGUUCUGAAAGAUCGGGUUUAGGAUCCUCCUGAGUUGUCGGGAAACACCCGACGUAGAUCUAGAAUUAGUGCCAUAUACUAGAGACUGCAGCAGCAGCAGCAGUUAGACCUCGAAGGUAUA